CACAAUGGCGCUGUCCAUACAGCACAAAAUGUUGUCUUCUAACUCCUGAUUUAUUCACUUUUCCUCCUCUUUAGAAAGGCUCCUGACACAUUAAAACAUCGAGGACCUGCAUAUAGUUUCAGUUUUUGCCAGGACCAUGUCUGGGUCAAAUGUUUGGAAUCGCACCCGGGAGAAAUUAAGACGUUUUCCCGAAGUGUUUGCACAAUGUUCGGAAGAGGCAACUGCUUAUGGCAAAUGUGUGGCAGCUACUACAACAAGCAAACAAGAACUGAAGAAGGACCUUUGUGCUAAAGAAUUUGCAGCAUUGAGAACAUGCUUUUCAAAUGCGGCCAAGAAAACGGUGAAAUGAAUGGGGGGAAAAAAACAAACAUGGGAAGUCAAGAUGUUAAAUGAAUAACGCUGCAAGAUCACAACUUUGACUGUGAAUGAACUUUACAUGUAGCCUUUAUUGUCAUGAAAUUGCACAUAUAAAAC